AUGGCCGACAUAGACAAGGAGCUCUGGGUGAGCGGCGACGAAGACGAAGGGUACUAUGACACUGAGGCUGCGGCACCUUCUGCCGAUCCCACCUUCUUCCAGCUUGACUUGGGACGUGUUGGGCAGAAAGGAGGAUUCCACACCCGCAACACGCCCGGUCAGAAGCAGCGUGGGCAAGUGACCGGACACACGGCCGGGUCCAAGUCGCGGCCAGCUUUCUAUCUUGGUUGCGAGGCCAAAGCCAUUAUUCACGGCACGCUCAACGAGAAGACAGGCGGACUCGCGACGCUCCUCGUCUAUGACUUCUCUUUCUUCUCCUACCGAUCCGUGCGUAUCAAGGAGGCGGACAUCCACUUCGAGUUCCGAAGCAAGGAUGGUAUUGCUGGAGCUGGCCCUCUGGUAGCCGAAAUGGCGCCCUCGGCGACUCAUACCAUGAUGCGUACCAACUCCACGGUGACGCGGACCGGCGAGCUGUCGGGAGGCCUGUCCGGCGGUGCUGUCGUCACUGCUCAGGGAGGCGCCAAAUUCAGUAAGACGGUUGAGAUGGAGGAGUCUUAUGCUGUCGAGGUGACGGGCAACCGGCCGGCCGAUGAUUUUGGAAACCGGUACCAAGCGUCCUGGUCCAUGAGGGAGAACACUGCGCAACAACAGGGUAUCAUGAGGCAGUUCCGCGCCUGUAUCCUCCUGGAACGGGAGACCGACGACGAAUUUCAAAUGAUCCCGACCAUCGAGGCGCGGCCCAACUUCACAACUUGGGUGGGAACCCUCUUCUCUUCAAGAACCCCCGACGACCCGGUUCUGUUUGACCCCCAGUUCGAGCCGCUCAAUGCGCUCGAUACCGAGAUUGACCAGUGGAAUCUGGGAGACGCGCCCAUAGACGAGCUCUGGGAUUGUACUUUCCAUCACUCUUUCGCAGAUGCCGUCAAGGACUCGAGGACGGGUGUUUCUAUCAAGGGGGCUUGA